GUUCUAAUUUGUAUAUAUUAUACCAUCAUAAUCAUCUGUAUUAAGUCCCCAAAACAGAGAAGAAACGAAACACAGAGAAAAAUUAAGACAACUGAAAAAAACAUGUCUUCAUCAUCUUCCCUAACACAGAGAAACCCAAUUACUUCGCAGCCAAAUGACUCACAAGAGCAUUCAGAAUCUGUUCCACAGCUAAGGAGACAACGUUCGACAUCUCAACGUGCCAUGUCACAGACGCUUACUUCAGCUGCAAACUUAGCCAAUCUCCUCCCCACCGGAACGCUCUUAGCUUUCACGCUCCUCAUACCCGUCUUCACAUCAAACGGCUCGUGCGACCACGCCACCCGCGUUUUAACCACGGUGCUCUUGACGCUUCUUGCCAUUUCUUGCUUCCUCAGCUCCUUCACGGAUAGCGUCAAGGCUGAAGACGGUAACGUGUAUUACGGUUUUGCUACUCGUAAGGGCAUGUGGGUUUUUGACUACCCUGACCCUAACGGUUUAGGUUUACCUGAUCUUAGUAAAUACCGUAUAAGGAUCGUCGACUGGAUCCACGCUGUUCUGUCGGUUCUUGUGUUCGGUGCGGUGGCUUUGAGGGACAAGAACGCCGUUAGUUGUUUUUAUCCGGCGCCAGAGCAAGAAACCAAGAAGGUUUUGGAUAUUGUUCCCAUGGGUGUUGGCGUUUUAUGCGGCUUGUUGUUCUUGGUUUUUCCGGCGAGAAGGCACGGUAUCGGAUAUCCGGUCACCGGAGACGGUGGCCGCCGUUAGAUUCUCUAUUUAUUUUCAGGAAAAAUGUAAACAAAUGAUUCUUUUAAUUUUUAUUUCACGGUUGACAAAUAUUCGUUUAUGUGAUCAUUUCGUGUUAUGAUUUGUCUUUUAUGUGUAUUCCUUCUUAUC